AUGGCCAUUCACUACCUCAUUCUUCUCUCCCGCCAGGGCAAAGUGCGCCUCGCAAAGUGGUUUACCACCCUGUCGCCCAGAGAGAAGGCCAAAAUCGUCAAGGACGUUUCCCAGCUGGUUCUCGCCCGUAGAACUCGCAUGUGCAACUUCCUCGAGUACAAGGACUCCAAGAUUGUUUACCGUCGAUAUGCCUCACUGUUCUUUAUCGCUGGCGCCGCCUCGGACGACAACGAGCUGAUCACCCUUGAAAUCAUCCACCGCUACGUCGAGCAGAUGGACAAGUACUACGGCAACGUGUGCGAGCUGGAUAUCAUCUUCUCUUUCACGAAAGCCUACUACAUCUUGGACGAGCUGUUGUUGGCGGGAGAACUGCAAGAAAGUAGCAAAAAGAACGUGCUGCGAUGUAUAUCCCAGCAGGACUCGCUUGAGGACAUGGAGGUCGAGGACGAAGUUACAAAGAUCAUGUAA